UCUCUCUCUCCAAUGGUGCGUAUUUCUUUCACCACUUGUUCUGAACUUUUUAUUCUUUACCACUCCCCCCCCCCCUUACAGCCAGUGUCCGAGUAACGAGCCCAAUGCGGGUAAGGGGUGGAGGGUUACCUGGGACCUACAAGACGGCGGAGUUCCACUUUCACUGGGGCAGCACGGAUGACGUAGGCAGCGAGCAUGCGUUGGACGGCCGGAAGUUUCCGCUAGAGAUGCACAUUGUGAAUUUCGCGGAGAAGUACGGUGACGUCAAAACAGCGAUGUCUAAGCCUGACGGUCUGGCCGUCCUAGGAGUCUUUUUCCAGGUUAGCGACAAAGACAACGCAGAAUUCGCCUCAGUGGAUGCAGCUCUACGGCACGUUCACAAAGCAGGUGAACACAACCUUGUAGACAACUUCCGGUUGAGAAAUCUGCUUCCCGAGGACACCGCCCGGUUCUGGCGAUACCAGGGCUCUCUGACCACGCCCCAUUGCUACGAGUCAGUCACGUGGACGGUGUUUGCGCAGCCGCAGAAGAUUUCGAAGACUCAGGUAAGAUUUUUUUACAACUGUUUUAUAAGUCAACACUCUGGCCACCGUAAUAAAUCGUUUGACAAUUGUUUUAUCAUUCAACACUCUGGCAUCUUCCAUCUUUUCUCUGACCCCUCCUCCUCUCCACACCAUCCCUUUGUCUUCACGACUGGUACCACAGAGUUUUCUCCUCAACAGCUGGAGACUCUCCGAUCCCUUCUCUUUGAGGAAGGUCACGAGGUCACGAACAGAGGCCCGGGUCACCACAACUCCCCAGCGCGACUCGUGGACAACUGGAGACCUCUACAACCUGUCAACGGCAGGCUGGUGAGGCGGAGUUUCCCCAUCAGCCCCGCCCCAAGCCCCGCCCAGCUCCACGUAACGCCUGACGCCAAAACGUCAGACCAGGACGACUCGAACAAGACGCCGGACAAUUCUCCUGCCCAAACGGCGCCAGACGUCGGAACAGCGUCCUCCGCCAACCAGGCCGAGACUAUUUCUGCUCUCCGACAAAAAAUCCUCAGCAUAGAGCGUCAAAUGAACGUUGCAACGGCAGGCCAGCCUCUCGUGACCAAUAUGACGUCACCACUCGUGGAUACCAGCUCAUCUGUGGCUCUUCCUUCUGCUCAAAUGGGAUUCAACACGGCAUCGUCGACAGGCACGAACCAAGCCAUCCCGGCCUCUACGUCUAACAUAUUGAGAAUGACAAAUGGGAAUUUCCCCAAACAAGUUCCCCAGAUUGACAAUUUCAGCCGUCUCCCCGUGCUGCCUAAUACAGGUUCGGUACCCGAGAACUCUGUACAAAUGAUGAACGGGAGAAGCACGAACGAUGUUCUUGUUCCGAGAAACAACGUCGUCGCCUCACCUGCCGCCUCCCCUACCUUGUAUUCCCCCCUAGCAACGCAGCGAAGUGGCGUAUUACAAGGACCUCUGGCUUUGCCUCAGACUAUGUCUCUCCCGAACGACAACCUCGGGUUACGGGCUAACCCACAAGUUUCGGCCAACCAGCCAGCGGCUAUGCCUCGUCAACAAACUCAGCAGCACACAGGUAUGCAAGGCUCAGGUCAGAUGCAACCAGCCUACGCUCAAGCUCGACUCAAUAACCCUCUCAGUUCCCAGAGAUUGGUUGGAAACGUCGUCAACCUCGGCAACGGCAACAACUAUCAAGGCAACAGCAUCGGUAACAACAAUAAUACUAGCAGCAGCAACAACAUUUUAAAGGCGAGGACUCUCCAGCAGAACUCGCUACCCAGCGUCCAGCAAUACAACCUCCAGCAGUCAGCUCUGUUGACAGGUCAGAAAGGAGCCCCACCCCUCAGUCAAGCAGCCCCCUCCCUCAGUCCUAGCUCUGACCUCCUCCCACCUCAGCAGUCACUCACACAAUACAUCCUACAGCAGAAACAGAGACAGCUACAACUGCAACUACAGGAACAGCAGAAGCAGCAACAACAACAACAGCAGCAACAGCAACAGCAACAGCAGCUCCAGCAAAGAUUGCAACAACAACAACAGAAGACGCCGCUGUAUCCUCAGACACAGAGCAACAUGUACCCACUACAGCUCCAACGACAACAACAACAACAGCAGCAGCAACAAGGAAUUAAUAAAUCUAUGCACCCACAGCAGUUGCGAACCAUCCUCCACCGACUCUCCUCCAUGAACCGCGUCAACACCAAACUGACACCCAUCACAUCUGGGGCUGCAAGGAUUCCAACGCAGCGUAUCUCUGACCUCAACUCUGUCAAUCCUCAAGCCACGCCCACCUCUCCUGGGAGGGCAGCCUACGUCCUUAGACGCCCUGGGACCAAUGGGAUGCAAGUUAUGUAUCGCUCCAAUCCGGCUUCUCAAAGGCUACAUUUGCCCCGCCCCGCGGCAACUUCUGUUUCAAGAGUGAUUGGACCAGCAUCGAGGAGUGUGGCUUCUUCACCAUCAGCGAUGAGUUUCGCCCACCCACAACCACAGCAAGCUCAGCCUCAGGGCGCUUCGAUGCCCCGUUACACUGACGUCACAGCAAUGGAGAGAGGAGGCGGGGUUGGAGGAGGAGCCACGGCCUUGCGAAGCUCCAAUCGUAACUUGAAUGCGGCUAGGGGUAGGAAUAUGAUUCUACGAGCAGACAAAGGCGUGACUGAGGAAGUACCUCACGUCUUUCUGCACCGGCUCCAACAACCAGUGCGUAUCCGCAGACCUUUCUACGAGCGACUCUACAACUGGCAACAAAAGAAGCCGUCGUCAUCACCUUCCUUACCAUCAUCCCGAUUAAGACAACAGCUUUUAUCGUUACACCCCAAUGCGGGGGAACUCACUGAAUUUCGAUAG